CUCUGGUCAUCCCCUGUACUGUCUGCAGUCUCUGGUAAUCCCCUGUACUGUCUACAGUCUCUGGUCAUCUCCUGUACUAUGUCCGUAGUCUCUGGUCAUCCCCUGUACUGUCUGCAGUCUCUGGUCAUCUCCUGUACUGUGUCUGCAGUCUCCGAUCAUCUCCUGAACUAUGUCCGCAGUCUUUGGUCAUCUCCUGUAUAUGUCCGCAGUCUCUGGUUAUCUCCUGUAGUAUAUCCGCAGUCUCUGGUCAUCUCCUGUACUACGUCCGCAGUCUCUGAUCAUCUCCUGUAGUAUGUCUGCAGCCUUUGGUCAUCUCCUGUACUAUGUCCGCAGUCUCUGGUCAUCUGUACUAUGUCUGCAGUCUCUGGUCAUCUCCUGUA